GGCGGGGCGGGGCGGGGCGGGGCCGAGCGCUCCCGGGAGCCGCCGGCGGCACAUGCGAGCGGGCGCCUGGCGGCGGCGGCCACGAAAGCAGCAGCAGCAGCAGCAGCAACAGCGGCGGUCAGAACGCGGACGCGCCCCAAGCAGCGGCGGGAGCAGCACCGGGAGCCGCCGCUUCCACCGCGCUCGUUAGGUAGCUCCGGCCGCCGCCACCACCGAAGGGAGAGGCGCUCGGCGGGCGCACCCUCCUGAAGGAAGCGGACCGCCCCCCACACACAUACCCCAUCGACCCGUCUUCUCCUCCUCCUCCGGCGUGUUCAUGCCCCCGGGGUGAGUGCGCGCCCUCUGGAGUCUUCAACGCCGCCGGCGAUCGGCCAAGCCAGGCCUCCGGGAGCGCCAUGGCCCGCGCACGCCAGGAGGGCAGCUCCCCGGAGCCCGUAGAGGGCUUGGCCCGCGACGGCCCGCCCCCCUUCCCCCUCAGCCGCCUGGUGCCCUCGACCGUGUCCUGUGGCCUCUGCGAGCCCGGCCUGCCCACAGCCCCCGCCACCCCCGCCCUGCUGCCCGCAGCCUACCUCUGCGCGCCCACCGCCCCGCCCGCGGUCACCGCCGCCACCCUGGGGGGCCCCCGCUGGCCUGGGGGUCCCCGCAGCCGGCCCCGAAGCCCGCGCCCCGACGGACCGCAGCCCUCGCUCUCGCCCGUCGAGCAGCACCUGGUGUCGCCGGUGCCCAGCGCGCCGGGGGCCCUGGCGGGCGGCCCCACCCAGGCGGCUCCGGGGGUCCGGGGGGAGGAGGAGCAGUGGGCCCGGGAAAUAGGGGCUCAGCUGCGGCGGAUGGCCGACGACCUCAACGCGCUGUAUGAGCGGCGGAGGCAAGAGGAGCAGCGACACCGCCCCUCGCCCUGGAGGGUGCUGUACAAUCUCAUGAUGGGACUCCUGCCAUUACCCAGGGGCCGCGGCGCCCCAGAAAUGGAGCCCAAUUAGGUGCCUGCACCCGCCCAAGGGACGUUGGGGACUUGGGGGGCAGGACCCCCCCCACCUGCUGACGCCCUGGCCCGCGCGGGGGCCUUUUUCUGCACCAUGUAGCAUACUGGACUACCAGCCCUGGCCUGUCCCUGGGGCAGCGCCGGCCCAGCGGGGGCGCACUGUUGGGAGAUGCGGACUCCUGGGGUCCCCCGGCCUCUUGGUCGGGGUUGGAGAGAGGGCUGACAGACAGACUGCCAGCUUUGGCGGUCAUCCAGGGGGUGGGGACUGAGCCGCCACCGCCUCUGCCGCCCGCCCGCCACCGUCUCAGGAAAGGCUGCUGGUGCUGGCUGCCCCUUCCAGCUGCAGGGGGGGGACCCUGGGGGGCGCGGAGCCCCCCUCCCGGUGCUCCUUCCCUUUGGGCCCGCAGGCCCCUGGUGCUUCCCCCCCUCCUCGUGGGGAGGGGGCCCGUGAAGAGCAAAUGAGCCAAACGUGACCACUAGCCUCCUGGAGCCAGAGAUUGGGGGGUGCUUCGGCGGGCUGCCCCGGCCCAGCGCCCCCCUCCCCCACCCCCACCCCAUUUUCCCUGAGCCGGCCUGCGGGUGGCGGGCGUCACCUUCAUCUGGGGGUGUCCUGGAGGGGCCCAGACUGUGAAUCCUGUGUUCUGCCCGCGACCACCCCCGCCCCCAUGGACCCCAUGGCAUAGGUUUUAGAGAGAGCACGUGUGACCACUGGCAUUGAUUCUGGGGGGUGGGAUAACUUUGGCGGAAGCCUCCCUCAGCUUUAGUACCCCUCCCCCCGGGGGGGGGGCAAGGGCUAAGGGGGAAGGCGAGGGGGUCAGGGAGGGGGGAAUCUCAUCUCGGAAGGAGGGAGGAGUCUGGGAGCGGGGAGGGAUGGCCCAGUCUGUAAAAUACUGUAUAUGCGCUGCUGUAGAUACCGGAAUGAAUUUUCUGUACAUGUUUGGUUAAUUUUUUUUGUACAUGAUUUUUGUAUGUUUCCUUUUCAAUAAAAUCAGAUUGGAACAGUG